UAUGCAGUUACAUGUACAUAACUAUGUAAGGUUAGUUAAUUGCGAAAAACGUACAGGGAGUUAUUGCCCGUACCUCACUCACACUCCCUCCCUCCCUCACUCCCUCCCUUCCUCACUCCCUACCCAAGUAACUUCUCAAUGUUAGUGGUAGGCGACAAUCAGAUCCACCCUAAGCUCACCAUAUAAUGGUCAAUCUAAAGUACAUGAAAAAUGGACAUCGACGACAUUUUGCGAGAAGUUGAUCCUACCUUCGACUCGAUUCCUGAGGAGACGCGCGAUCUUCAGGCGUUAACGCGUGUUUGGAUGGCAGAAAGAUCGUCACCCGAACUACUUAGUUGGCCAGCCGAUGGCCUAUUUGAGCGAAUCACAGAUCGCAUAAAAAAGCAAAUCGAGAAACUCGAGGACAUGACUGGCGACAUGGAUCCCAAGACCAACUUUGCCCUGAUCGUUAUACAGACUGAGCUUGAGCGGUACAAAUACCUGGUCAGAAGUUGCUUAAGGGCUCGCAUAGCUAAAAUUGACAGGCACACGCUGUACUAUCUGUCUAGUCCAGUCCUCCGGGCACGUCUCUCCUCCACCGAGCUAGCAUAUGCAACUCGACACCAGGCUCUCCUCCAUAAUCACUAUCUAUCCUCUUUCUUGUCAUCCUUCCCGCCACCUUUACAGAAUCUGAACGAUACUGCUGGGAAUACUAGUAUGAUUGACGCUCCGGAUCUUGAUACAGCAGUGUUCAUCCGCUUGCUCAAGGACACGCCCGUCAAAGGCCGUGGAACUGAUGCUGACGGUUAUCGGCAAUACGAGAAUGGAGCUAUCAUUAUUUUGCGAUGGUCUGAUGCUCAGAGUAUUGUUGAUUCCGGGCUGGCAGAAAUAGUUUGAUGAUACUGCCUCCCUAAAACUCCAAAGAAGUCAUCCCCAAUGCACCGGCCACUGUUGCCAAAGCAAAGAUAGCUUUAGCCGCCAUGCGAGGCAUGUCUUCUACAAGACUUGAACAAAAGGUCAUAUCAUGGUGAAUGGCACUCUGCUCUUUAUCCCAUGGAUACCUUCUAUGUAUGAGCUAGCCUCUAAGGAACGGUCUACCCUAUGUAAACGCAAGACAUUCAAAUGAACUGAUAAUGGAGAAUUGAUUAUAUCCAUGGAUUAUUAAUCUCUACCGACUUCUAUACAUAGAUGAGAUAUGGUGUUCUCAACUGCACAUGUGUAUAUGCAUACAUGCAUACAUGCAUGUGAUGUCAUAAAGGUCUACAAUAUCUACCUAUCCAGUACUUGAAAGCACGCAUUCCCCAGUAAAAGAAUAAUAACUAAAAGAAUUAGGUUAGCAGAAAAAGAAAGGAGCCGCAUUCUUUUUUUCUUUUCUUUUUUUUUUUCUUUUUUCAUUCCUUUCUACAGUAACUGUUCAAAUCUCCAACUACACACACACACACACACACAUUACUAGUAGUACUUACUUU